AAUGCAUUAGUACAUACCAACUCAAUCAUUUAGUGAGAAAAAAAAACAAACUAGUGUCGUCGGUGACUAAACUGCCGUCUCUGCAUUUCAAUAAUUCAUAUCACCAUUUUUUAAAAUUUCAAUAUUCCCUAACAACCACAUCAAGUCAAAGGCUAGAGGUAAGAUCAUAAUUUCCAUAUUCGUUUUGUAAACCCAGAAAGUUGAUAAAAUCAAACACCUGAGUCAACAUCAAAGCUGAAAAAAACAACUAUACUGUUUCAUCAAACCAACCAUAUUUUUUGGUCGGAGUUGCAAGACAGAUAGAUAGUUGUUCAAUGGGGGGUGACAAGUGGAAGGCCCAUUUGGGCAUGGCGUUUGUGCAGCUAUUAUAUGGUGGCUACCACGUCAUCACCAAAGUGGCCCUUAAUGUUGGAGUCAACCAACUUGUCUUCUGCUUCUAUAGGGAUCUCCUUGCUCUCAUCAUCCUUUCUCCGAUAGCUUUUUUCAAAGAAAGGCAAACAAGGCCACCCAUUACUAAGAAGCUAUUAUUGUCAUUCUUCUUUCUUGGAUUAACUGGGAUAUUUGGUAACCAGCUCUUGUUUCUUAUUGGUUUAAGUUAUACUAAUCCAACUUAUGCAGCUGCCUUACAACCAGCUAUUCCUGUCUUUACCUUUCUCUUUGCUGUUAUAAUGAGUGUAGAAAAAGUGAAUUUGAAGAGUUUUGAAGGUCUGGCAAAGGUUGGAGGAACUCUUAUCUGUGUUUCGGGCGCCGUAUUGAUGGUUUUGUAUCGCGGUCCGUCGUUGAUAGGGUAUGCGGAACUGGUCAUUAUACCAAAGAAUGAAAUAAAUGUUGGUGGUCUGCCAGAGCCUUCUGGAUGGUUGAUCAGUGGUUUAAAGGAUCUUGGAUUAGAUAAUUUUGAACUUGGAGUUGUGUUCUUGAUAGGGAACUGCAUGUGCAUGGCUGCUUUUCUAACCAUUCUGGCACCAGUAUUAAAAAAGUAUCCUGCAAAUUUAUCUGUGACAGCUUAUUCAUUCUUCUUUGGAGUUGUACUAAUGGCAAUGGUCUCGUUAUUCAUGACGGAUCUAUCAAGUGACUGGAUUUUGACACAAUCAGAAAUACUUGCUAUUGUUUAUGCUGGAACUAUUGCAUCUGCCUUUAAUUAUGCAGUCAUUAGUUGGUGCAACAAGAUAUUAGGACCAGCUUUGGUUUCCCUAUACAAUCCACUUCAACCUGGAUUUUCUGCUCUACUGUCUCAGAUAUUCCUUGGAAGUCCAAUUUAUUUGGGAAGUCUCAUAGGAGGAUCUUUGAUCAUUGCUGGUCUUUAUACUGUUACAUGGGCGUCUUAUAAAGAAAAACAGGCAAUUGUUGAAAUUACUUCUCAUGAAUCUUGGGUUUCUGAACCACUUAUUCAUGAAAAAACUGCACACCAAAGAAAUCAAAUAUUUCGGGCGUCCUCCAGCGCAUCAUCAAACCCAAAAUCGUAUGAUUAAAAUGUAAAUCAUGGAAUGUCAAUAAAGAACAGCCUAGUGCACGAGGCUUCCACGAAGUAAAGUCUAGAAAAGUAAAUAUACGCAGCCUUACCUCAGAGGAGAAAUUGUUUUCACGAUUCGAACGUGUGACUUUCAGAUCACAAGACAGCAACUUUGUCAUUGCGCGGAUACUUGCCCUCUAACUCAAAAUGUAAAUGCCUUGUAAAAAUUGGUUUUUGGAGUGUGAUCAAUAUGUUUACUGGCAUAUAAGCGAUGACAAGUCAAUGUUUUAAGAUGUAUUUUCUACACAAAUUCGAAUGUCAUCACAGUUAUUAAUGUUUUGCUCAUUAUUAUAGGUAGAAAAGUAACAAAUGUCUUCAUUAGUUAAGGUUAUUGGUGUUACUUGAAGUAAGAUGAUGUUUUCUGUGACAUGUACUGAUGUACAAUCUGAGUGUAUUGAGUAUUAGAGAAGUUGAUAUGACUAUUUUUAAGACAGAA